GUCAGAUAUUGAAAUGAGUGCAGAUGGAGGAAAUGAGGUGUGCUGAUGACUAGUGUAGCCCUCACUAAUCUGAUUUGUUCAGUGUGGUUGACUCUGGAGCCGGUGUGGGAAAAUGUUUGAGACGGACCUGAGGGAGUCACACAGUCUGUCAUUAAAUGACCUUGUGCUGAAAGUGGCACGUAGCACCGUUUCCAUCAGCCUGGUGAUGGAGAGGCAGGGUUGGUACUUAAGGCUCACUGUGACUCGGGGUCAUUUCUCUGCAGUCAUGCUCAGGUCCACAACAACUUACAGUACCUUUCCUCUGACACAGGUUUCCAGUUCCUCUCCUGGUGUCAGCAUCAACAGCACAGUGAAGCGCUCUAAACUGUGGGACUCUGUCCUCCACAUGAUGCCCCACAUGGCACUGUGCAAGUUUGCUCCUCUGGUCCUGGUGGGAGUUGUGGUUUUUGCAGCAAGUGGGAUCAUUGGAGACCCUCUAUAUGAGUGCCUGCAGGACCCAGACUACAGUGAGCUCCUGGACAUUGUGAUGAAAGGUCUUCCUGUCACAAAGAGGCCUCAUCAUGUAGCAGUGGUUGGUGGGGGCAUGGCGGGUCUGACUGCUGCAAAGGUUCUAGAAGAUGCUGGACACAAGGUGACCAUAAUCGAGGCCAGUAAUCGUAUUGGAGGACGGGUGGAGACCUUCAGGAACACAAGAGAAGGAUGGUAUGCAGAAGUGGGAGCCAUGAGGAUACCAAGCUUCCAUAAGAUUCUGCUUUCUCUUAUCUCCAAAUUACAAAUUCCCCUGAACCGUUUCAUUCAAGAUGACAUCAACACCUACUAUUUAGUAAAUGGACUUCUGCACAAAACCUACUCUGUGGAGAACAACCCCAGUGUGCUGAACUACAGCCUGAACGACAGGGAGAGGGGGAAGUCUGCUGCAGAGCUCUUCAGUCAGACGCUCUGGAAGGUCAGAGACGACCUGAAGAGACUUGGCUGUAGGGCUAUGUUGGAUAAAUAUGACUCGUACACAGUAAAGGAAUAUUUGGUGAAGGAAGGUAACCUGAGUCGUGGAGCUCAGAGGAUGAUCGGUGACAUCUUGAAUGAAAACAGUCUGUUCUACACGUCGCUGAUAGAAAUGCUCUACAUACAGUCAGACAUCAACGACAACACACAGUAA